AUGCCAUCUCUUGAGAAGGAGGAGCCAAUGGUGAUGAUUGAGGGAGAGGAUGAUUGGAAAGCACAAUUGGAUAAUCUAAAGAAGGAAUUGGAUGAGAUCAUUGACAAGCAGAUAUAUGCCUCAUUCGCUGAUACAUCACGUUUGGACAAUUCCGAUAUAUCAGCAGCAGCAGCAGCAGAUGACGGUAAGGGAAGUAUCAAGGGCAGUGCAGAAAUAUCCGAUACUACACUUAUGUUAUCAGAAGGAGACUCUACCUCCUUCACUAGUACUGAGCUAGCAGCUGCUAUCGCUGAGGUUACUGCUGGGAUAUCUGGUCACUCCUACCUUGGUGGUGAAUCAUUUGAUGUGGACUUGUCAGCAUUCGAUAUAUCAACUAUUUAG